AUGCCACGGGAGGGGCCUCAGCAGGCAGGAGCUGGGGAACCAGAUGGCUCCGGUGACUUGGAGGAGCAAGGGUGUGAACUGGAAGUGGUGGCGGGAAGAGGGGGUGCCCAGGAGGAAGCAGGAGGUCAGCUCUUCAGACUCUCCGCCGCCUCCUCUCCACGGGAGGGCAGAUUAAGUAUAAAAGGAGAGGUCGACAGCGCCCCCUGGAGGCAGGGCCCACGCGGCCGUGGCAUCCUUGCUUUCUCAGUUAACUCCACACCGGUCCGUGAUUCUCAGUCUGUAGACGAGGAUCCCCACCAUGUGAGCUCGGAGGACCUUCGCUUUAUCUCCAAAACCACGGGGACCAAGCAGCAACAUCCCGCAUCAGCGGGAGGAAUCGUCUGGAAACGGUCCGCCUCUCCCCGCGGCUCUCCGGCGCCGGCGUCCAUGGCAGCUUCGGCAGCCGCGCGGUACCAGGACCCGGUGCUGAAGGGCAUCCUCAGACCGCUGGAAAAUAAACUUUGUCAGGGCAGAGAGUUUCCGGCUAUCACCCAGCGAUCACCGCCGCCGCUGCAGCGCGGGGUGCGUGCGGAGGGGUGA